AUGUCCGACGUCACUUACCUCAAAUCAUUACUUGGUGUUCACCCAGAUUUCCCCAAGAAGGGAGUGACAUUCCUCGACAUCUUCCCAAUCCUCCGUGAUCCCGUAGCUUUCGAAACACUUAUCACCCAUCUCCUACACCACAUCAUCACCACCAACGCCGAACGACCAGAUGUCAUUGUAGGUUUGGACGCUCGAGGAUUCCUCCUGGGUCCAAUCAUCGCCAUGAGAUUGGGAUGCGCCUUUGUCCCAGUUAGAAAAGGUGGUAAAUUACCUGGAAAUCUGGAAGUCGUUAAAUACGCGAAGGAAUACGGUCAUGAUGAGUUUGAAAUGCAGAGUGGAGCUAUCAAGGAUGGUCAGAAAUGUAUUGUCAUUGACGACCUCAUCGCCACGGGAGGAUCAGCCUCAGCCGCUGGUGAACUCAUCAAGAAAUCCGGUGGUAAGACUUUAGAAUACGUCUUCAUCGUUGGUCUACCUUUUUUGAAAGGUCAUGAGAAAUUGGAUGCCCCUUCUUACUGGAUCGUAGAAGCUGAGGACUAA